AUGGAUCCCGAAAACAAAAAGGAUGCACCUGAGUCAUCCAUUUCCGAUAAACCCACCAAAACCCUGCACCCAGCCUACUCAGUAACAAACGUGCAGUCCAAGAUAUGUACCCUCGAUGGCGUUAAGGUUACGUAUACUUCCUGGGUCAAACUUUUCCGGCUCCAUGCUGUGGCAUAUCAGGUCUUCGAUCAAAUAGACGGAACCGAACCCCCACCAAAAACCGCUGCCGAAUACCAAUCAUGGAAAGAACUGGAUGCUCUCGUUCUCCAAUGGAUUUACAGCACAAUGUCUGAUGACCUCCUACCCCGGGUUCUUGAAAGCGGUCCUACGGCUCGCCAUGCGUGGGUAAAGCUCGAAAAAAUAUACCUGAGCAACAAGAAAGCUCGGGCCGGGCGCUGGAAACCAAGAAAGCUCGCGAACCAACUCGAGGACGUGGACCAUCCGGUCACUGAAGAACGUCUGGUACUUCAACUUGUUCGGGGGCUGCCUGGAGAAUAUGAUACGACUGCCUCUCUUAUUAACGCAAAUAAUGCAGAUUGGGAUCUUGCUAGGAACAUGUAG